GUUCGACUUCCCCCUCACUUUCACAAAUUUCCGGGAAAAAUUGGAACUCAUUUGGCGGGAAAUUCAAUUUCUUCGAUUCCAUUCCAUGUAUUUCCCGCGACCCGUCUCAUGAUUCUCCAUCGCACCUCUAAAAUCUAGGGUUAGGGUUAGGGCUUUCUCUCGAAUCUUAGUUCUUGAGAUGUACUCCAGCCAGCAAGAUGGCGGCGCCGCCCUCUUCUCCGGUGGUGGCUUCAUGCCCUCUCAGGCCACCCAGACCCCUGAGUCUGGCUUUUCCAAGAGCCGCGGAGUCCAAGGCGUGAUCCCGCUCACGGUGAAGCAGAUCAGCGAGGCGUACCACUCCAACGAUGACAAGUCCAACUUUGUCGUCGAUGGCGUCGAAGCCAGCAACGUGAGGCUUUUGGGGCUUGUGAUGAACAAGGCGGAGAGGGUGACCGAUGUCACCUUCACCCUUGAUGAUGGCACUGGCCGGAUUGAUGUGAAUCGAUGGGUUAAUGAAACUUCAGAUACGAAUGAGAUGGCUAUUAUUCAGAAUGGGAUGUAUGUGAUCGUCAAUGGUAGUCUGAAGGGAUUUCAGGGCAAAAAGCAUGUCGUGGCCUUCUCUGUGAGGCCUGUCGUGGAUUUCAAUCACAUUACACUACACUUCAUUGAGUGCAUUCAUGUACAUCUUGAUAACACUAGACCAAAGGGAGCUGGCCUACCUCAAGCUCAGACUAGUUCAAUGGUUCAAACUCCUAUUAGGAGUGAUGUAAAAGAGUAUCAUAGCUCUCUUCCCAAUCAAUUUUCGUCGCCCACAGGGGCAAAGGGCUCUGAGACUGACAUCUAUAAAUUAGUCUUGGAUGUUUUUCAGGAACCAGCAAGCCUUGCCCGUGACCAUGGAUUGCAUGUGGAUGAAGUUGUUCAAAAACUAGGCAUACCAAUCAACAAGAUCAGGGAUGCAAUUGAGUACCAUGUUGAUGUUGGUCAUAUAUAUUCUACGAUUGAUGACAACCACUUCAAAUCUGCAUGCAACGGCUGAUGGAAAUUUAAUCCUUCUCCUCAUUUGGAUAAAGAAUCUUUUGGAGGUUGUCUGCUUUGAAACUGAAGAAAUCUAUAUGACCAAGUUUCUUUUUUUAAUUUACUAAUUGUCCUUAACAUAGAUUGUGCAUCCUAUACACUGAAGACAGUUGUGAAGUUACGUUACUUCCUCAAUGCUUGUGUCUUUGCAAACUCUAGGGGAGACAAGUGCUUUAAUCUUUUAAUGUAUAUCAUAUGUUUAUGUUACUUUGAUUGGCUAAUGUUGUGAUGUAUAUCAUGUAUUCUGAAG